CCACAUCUCAGCAGAGAGGGGCGGGCCAUGUGAUCUCCGGCCCGAGCCUAUAUAUCCUACUGUACUUUGCGAUCUUCCUCAAUGAGUGUUAGGUGAUUGUUUAGCUACUAUACUUUACCCGUUAUCUUGAGGCAGGAGCCGCGAGCGAACAAACGAGGCUCAUUUCAACAUCCAUACCUGCAAUGUCGAACUCAGAGCCGCCAGUUGAGGUGGCAGGCUGGAAACAGGUGGCUCUCUCCAAACGGAUCGCGACAUUCAACAAAAUACCGAAAACGUGGCUGCUCCCCAUCGAGCAAGCCUCGCAGUACACCGAAACGAAUCCCAUAUCUGUCAUCAACGUUCCACGAACUAGCAAUAUCCUGACAGAGAAAGAGCUUAGAAUCACCGAGGACUACGAUGCUACUGAUCUUGUUGCAUUGAUGGCAAAGGGAGAGCUUAGUUCGGGGGAAGUUGUGACAGCGUUCUGCAAACGCUCUGCCAUUGCUCACCAAACUGUCAAUUGUCUAACAGAGAUCAUGUUCGAAGAGGCUCUCAACAGAGCGCACGAGUGCGAUGCCUACCUCAAAAAGCACAGUCGACCGAUAGGGCCUCUACACGGUCUGCCUAUAUCUCUCAAGGACAGUUUUAACGUGAGAGGCGUACAAAGCACAAUCGGCUAUGUAUCCUUCAUCACCAAUCCACCUUCCCCCUCAAAUUCCGCUGUUGUACAGAUUCUAUUUGAUGCUGGCGCAGUGUUCUACGUCAAGACAAAUAUCCCACAGACCAUGAUGACUGCAGAUUCUCACAAUUACAUCUUCGGUCGCACUCUGAACCCACACAACCUCACCAUGACUGCAGGAGGCAGCACAGGCGGUGAAGCGGCGCUGCUCGCUAUGAAAGGUAGCGUAUUAGGUGUCGCGACUGACAUUGCGGGGUCAAAUCGCAUACCCGCGCUCUGCUGCGGUAUCAGUUCCAUUAAACCGAGCUCAUCACGCGUACCGUUUGCGGGCGGUGUGCCACCAGGGCGAGUAGGAAGUCCAGGACAGAUACUUCCCGUCAUAGGGCCUUGUGGACGCUCGAUUCGAGAUUACGAGUUGUUCCUUCGUACAGUCAUCACUUCUCAACCCUGGAAGCUGGACCCUAUGGCGCUGAACAUUCCCUGGCGGACUCCAGACGCCAGGCUUCGGGACAAGAAACUCAGAUUUGGAUUGAUUCGAGGCAUUGCGUCCAGACCUUUGCAUCCGCCCAUUGCGCGAGCACUGCACUCCGCGGUCACGAAUCUGGAAGCUGCAGGUCACGCCGUUGUUCUUCUCGACGAAAAGAUCGGGGACAUGUACACCGAUGUCCAAUUAGCAUGGCAGUAUUUCAUGCUGGACCCGUCUGGUACAGCCUUCAAACACUUGAAAGCUUCGGGUGAAGAUCUGAUUCCCAGUCUGAAGAUCUCCGGCUGGCCAGAGCUGAAAGAUUGGCAGCCGACUUUAGACGCACUAUGGGACAUGAACGUACAGCGUGCCAGUGUGCUGGGGAAAUACCAGAGCCUGUUCGUGAGUGAAGAUCUGGACGCUAUCCUGAUGCCGGGGUAUCAGACAGUUGCACCAAAGCAUGAUACGUAUGGACUGCCGAUUUAUACAGCAUUGGCGAAUCUGCUGGAUUAUCCUGCGGGUAUAUUACCAUAUGGAAAAGCAGACAAAAUCGCGGAUGCAAAAUUCGUGGAAAAGGGCGUUGUGUAUGAGCCGACCUAUGACCCCGAGGUCUCUGAGGGGAUGCCGGCACAUAUCCAGAUCGUGGGCAAACCGCUCAUGGAUGAAGAGCUGCUAGAUGUGAUGAAGACUGUCGAGGCUGUCCUGAGCGACACUUCGUAGACAGUUGGGUGUAGGAGUCUUUUCACAUACCUGAGCAGUCGGCAUACAACUAGGUAUUCAAUUUUCAGCUUCUACGCUAUAAUUUGAAGUAAUCAAGAA